ACUUGGCCGGCUUGUUAACCGGUUGUGAUUUUUGAACGUCCUGAACAGAAUCGAAUUUAGGUUACCUAUCCUUUUUCAGCAAGCAUCAAGACAAUCCAUCCUCGAUUCGCACAUGAUUGAAGGAUGUCAAACGUAAAUGAAAGAAGUGAUGGUGGAGCGUCUAUCGAUCGAAAACCGGGUCAGAUCACCAAGCCUACAAGGAGCUCACAAGUCAAGUAUCAGACAAGUUCCUCCUGGUUAAGCUUUGGCUUAUACGUCUCUACCUUUGCCAUUCUAGCAUGCAUCUCGACCUACCUUCGAUAUGCUUUACCCGAUCCGCUGCCAUUACCAGAUCCUAUCUCCGCUGUAAAACCAACUUCACCAUUAUAUUUCUCUGAGGCUUUGGCCAAUACAUACAUACAUCAUCUUGCAGACACGAUCGGAUACCGGAUUGUUGGUACUGAAGAAAUGUCUGAAACAGUGGAAUAUGUUUUGGAUUUGUUAGAGGGUUUGAAGGCGGACGCCAAAAAGGUCGGUGACACCAAGGAGAUCGAGAUAUGGCAUCAGCAGGAUGAUGGCGCGCAUUUAUUUGAAUUCAUGGGUAAACAUGUUUGGAAAAAAUAUUUCCAAUUGUCGAAUAUAAUCGUUCGGAUCUCUGAUCCAUCCAUCCCGAGAUCGAAAGAAAAUGCCAUCUUGGUAAAUGCUCACUUAGAUAGUACUUUACCAUCUCCUGGUGCGGCAGAUGACGUUGCUGGCGUUGCGGUUUUGCUCGAAGCCAUACGCAUUAUCACACAAUCGCCUGAAUGGAAGAUUCACAACAGUAUUGUGUUCUUGUUCAACGGCGCAGAGGAAUCUUUGCAAGAUGCCAGUCAUCUGUUCAUCACCAAGCAUCCUCUCAAAGACGUUGUGCGAGCCGUCAUUAACCUUGAAGCGUGUGGAACCAACGGCAGUACGAAGAGUCUUACAGUCUCAUAUCAUGCGUUCAUUCCGCUUGCCGGUUUUGACUUAUCAUUUCUCUUGAACUUUGAUGUAUGGGGAUAUAGCACCGACUUCCGGCAAUUUGAACAAUAUGGCAACCUCACUGGUCUUGACAUGGCUAUCAUGCAGAAUUCGUAUCUUUAUCAUACAAGACAAGACAUACCUUCAAAGAUCGAAAAAGGUGUCAUUCAACACAUGGGUGAAAAUACCAUGGCAUUAUUGAAGCACCUAUCGGCUGAAUCAACUGAUCUGACGAACAUAGAACGAAGCUCUUCGACUGUUUAUUUCUCGGCCUUUGGUGGAUACGCCUUCUUCAUGUAUUCCAAGACAACGGCUCUUCAGCUAUACCUUACCAUGUUUGUGGUUGCGAUAACUCUGGUAUCAAGAAAUGUGAACUCGAGUAAUCGGACAGUAUAUCUGCUCUCGUUUUUUGCAAGCAUUGGCUCCUUUCUCGCUUCGAUCAUCGUUCCCAAUCUAGUAGCUUUCGUCACUGCCACCGUCUUACAGAAACCGUUAUCUUGGUAUCGUCAUGAAGCUUUACCACUCGCCUUAUUUGCACCACCUUCGCUUGUUGGUGCUCUUUCGGUUCAAUACCUGUUUUCGAAAUUGGUCAAGAAACAAUCAUUAGUUACUCCUGGACGCGAGUAUGUCUUGGCACAUGCCACUUUCUGUGGUUUGAUGGCCUUUUAUGGCAUACUCGCAGUCAUAGGCGCAUUCUUUCACAUCGGCACUGCAUAUCUACCAGCUCUAGGACUAGGAUCACUCUUGCUGGGGUUGAUAACGAAUGAACUGGUGUUUGCACCGUUGAGUGGGAAAUAUGGUCAUAUUCAUCUGCCCAGUUACCUCGUCGUACUUGUGUUGCCCUGUUUGCUCGGAGUCGAAGGUAUAUUGGUAUUCCUCGAUCUGUUUGUACCACUAAGUGGACGGAUAGGUCAUGAGCCGCACGUCGAUCAUAUCAUAGCUUCACUCGUCAGUGGCGUUGGCUUCAACAUCUUGGCAAGUGCCUUGCCGUUCUCGCAUCGCUUCAGUACACGCGCCCUGCGAAGUUUCAUCCUAUUGGCGACCAUUGUCAGCGCAAUCUUGGUCUUGGUGUUUACUAGAGAUAGCUGGGCGAUGUUUGACUCAGAUCACCCAAAACGUCUUCCUAUUCUUCAUAUGGAGAAUAUCACCACUACUCCCCCUACAUUUAGUCUUCAUCUCGCAACUAUGGAUCGGGCACCUGGUUUCUACGAGCUAGUGAAAGACACCAUGGACGUAAUGGCGGUUUCGCAGCAAACUCCUAUGUUAAACGCUAUCAAUGAUGACAUACCUGACUGGGACAUCAUUUAUCCUGUCUCUCAAUUUCUCAAGUCUUAUCAAAUACCGCUGAUAUCAGAUGAUCAUCAAAUGAUCACUACUGAUGGCGGACAGCUGAGUCAAUACGUCUCUCCGUGGACAGAUACAUUCAAAAUCAGUCUUCUUCAUAACAAGCUGGAUCAUAUCAACCACCAUCGAACAUUAGUAUUCGCGGUCGAUCAUCCAGGCAUCAUUUGGACUGUCAUUGCCUUCACGGCCGAUGUCGUUUCUUGGGAUCUACCCAAGAAUCCUGCACGGGGCAUAGAGCGCCACCACAUCAAAGAAGCGAGCGCGUUUGGCGUUGAUCGAUGGACAUUGAACUUGACGAUCGCUCUCAAUCAAAGCGAGUUUGAUAUCGCUAUUGAAAACGAACAGAUGGUUCGAGGCCAACGCCCUUCAAUCCCUGCUUCAGAUGAGAAGGCCUUGUUGAAUCAGCGAAAAGGGAUGUUACGAAUAGACUUCAGUGGCUUAGAUCAAAUGGGACUUUACCCGGCUCGAGCCAAACCAAAACGUGUUCGUGAAGGACAAGAAAAACCUGAUGCUUGGAUUGGGACAGGGGUGGGGGGACCAGGGAUGAAGUUCUUUAGACGUCUCGAUACUCAAUUACCAAGUUGGACAGAUCCAAUGUUAUUGAGCGCGGUGGCUAAUGUAGCUUAUUUAUGAUGGUGAUGGACUUAUCUGAGACAUACAUUUACUUUACAAAAUUCGUCCUUGCAUUUCAUUUCUACUGCCAUAUAAGUAAUAUAAAACCGUUUCGGCUCUGUUUUUGC